AUGUGGAAACAUGAGGAAUGGGAUCAAUUCGGAUAUCACAGAGAAGAAGCUAUACAAUACUUGCAGGAACUCUUUCAAUCAAAACAAUACAAUCGUUGUGUUGUCUUGGUAGAGUGUUUAUUAACCGAUGAGAGUUUAAAAAACUCUUUCAUAUCUUGUGAACUUCUUCAUAUUUUAGUGAUAAGUCUUCUACGUACAGAACGUCUUUUUCAAGCCAAUAAGGCCUUGGAUCAUUUACGGGAUCUUAUUGAAUAUAAUAAAGAAUUUACACAAGAUGAUAGAGAGAAGUGGCGAUCUCGUUAUGUGGAGGAUAAAAGAGAAGCUUCAGAGUAUGAAGAUCAUCUUUUAAAAGCUCAUUCCACCUUUAUUAAAUCUUCUAACACUUCCUCUUUAAACUGUGAAGAUAAAAAAGAAACGUUUACUCUUUCUACACAGCAAACUCCUCUUUCUCUUCUUGUAGAGAGAAAACCUCGACGUGAUUUAUGUGGAGAUGCCCACUCUCUGUUGGAAUCUACUCAUCAAUUUCUUUUACAACAGUUGAUGAGAAGGAAUAACUCUUUACAUAUCUCCUCUACCACCCCUGUAGUAGUAUCAGAGGAAUGGAAAAGAAAAAAUAAAAGGAAAGCGUAUUUUUUAAAAAAGAAAAAGAAUAUUGUAGGGGAUGAACGUGUGGAACUCCAUUGUAUGGAGAAAGCUUUAGAAGUUUUAAUGGAGUAUAAACCUUUCAAUAAAGCUGAAGAAAUAAUGUUAUUUAAAAGUAUUGGUUCUUUAGCAUUAGAGUAUGCAGAGAGGUUAUUGCGAGCAGGGACAGUUGUUAAAGCUAUUCUUCCUCAUACCGCAGAGAAUCUUUAUUUGGCAUUAGAAACCAUGGAACGUUAUUUACAUGAACUUCCCGAACCAUUUCCUUCCUUUACACACUCACAACUUAAACUGGUACGACUUUUAAUUAUUAUCGGUUCAGAAAAUUUUACUCCUUUUAUAGGAAGAAAUCAAUUUCUUGAUCAUGCAUUUCAAAUGGUGGAAGAACUUUUUGAUGAGUUAAUGGAAAUCGCUCCAUCAAUUCAUAUAGAGAGGGAUGUGAUGUUAAGAGAAGUUUGGAAUUCCAUUCACGCUCGUCUUUUGGCUAGUAUAUUGGAAACAAAAGGAAAUAUUCUCACAGCACAGAAUCAACACCAGGCAGCAGUAGAAGCAUUUAAACAAAGUAUUGAUAAAUAUAAUAUCGCUGUUACUACUACUACUAGUAUUAAUACUUCUGAGUAUAAGGAUAUAUAUUCUUAUUAUGAUGAAUAUUUUAAGGAUGAUAAUAACUAUUAUUCUUAUAUGGAUAAUGUUCCUUUUAGGAUUAGACUUCAAGUAAAACUUGCAGAGGCACUAUCCAAUAGUGGACACCAUGUGGAAUCUCUAGAGUUACUUUCCUCUUUAAGAUCUAGUUUAGAUACAUCAUUUAAACAUAUUACUUCAGGUCCUAUGGCUCUUAUCAUGUUUACUCAAGGAAAUACAUUUAGUGGGUGUAAUCGUCUAGAAGAAGCACGUCAAUCGUAUGAGAUGGUGUUAGCGUAUUUACACAAGAGUAAAGAUGAUCUCUUGCAAGCAGUUGUUAUGGAUAGAUUGGCAAUCUUAUCACUUUGGUGUGGAAAUCAUAAACUCUCUGUGGAGUAUUAUCGUCAUGCUCUUCGAUUACGUCGUCGUAGUGUUGGGGAAUUUCAUUUAGAUACCGCCAUAUCUCAUAUAAAUUUAAGUGAGUCACUUUUUUUACUUUAUCAAUAUAAGGAAGCGGAAAAACAUGCGGAUGAUUGUAUGCGGUUGGUAAAAGAUUUAUACACAGGUGUCUUUGCUCGUCAAUUAUAUGGUUAUCAUAAUAUCUUCACAUUUGAGAAAAGGAAUAGACAAGUAGGAAGAUUCCUUUCUCUUCGUUAUGAUGGACCUUCUUCUCUGGAGACUAGAGGAGAGGCGAGUUUAUAUCUACAGCAUCCACUGUAUACCGCAGCAGCCCGAUGUAAAUCGGAGUGUAUUAAACGUCGCUUAAAAUAA